AAACAAAACAAGCACUGGGGACUGACACACGUAAUCGCAAAAUUGUAGCAAGCAAAGUAAACAAAACUCAUAUGACCGCAGAAAAUUCAUUUAAAUUAUUGUGUUUUUAUUGUUCCUUUGAUUGCGUGCUCCUCGAAAAAUGGGAUUGAACCCAGUUCAAAGAUAACAGUUCGUGUUUGGACUAAUUAUGACGUCGCCGGGCGUCAAGCGGCGUCUUUGGGUCAGUCCACGGGAGGAAGAGAAAGAAGAAGAAGUUUUCUGCAAGAAGGUGCGAUUUAACCAGGAUCCGAUCAAGAGCAAACUGGACUCCGAGCGCAUCAAGAACAUUAGGGAGGCACUGGGGGGUAUCCCUCCGCCGCCCUCGGUUACCAACCCUCGCAUCGGCAUCGAGGAUGCUGUAGAUCGAUUGAAGCAAUAUUUCGAGAGCCUUGAUGAAAAAGAGAUACCCAAGGUCAGCGGACGACCUACCCAAGACAUGGAUGUCUACUACAACGAGAAUUUAAUGUGCGAGACGCUGGACUUCCUCUACGAAAAAGUGCGUCAGCGGUAUGUGAUGAACGAAACUAGUUCUUUCCUGUCCACGGUGGCCAAGUUCUCGCCGAUUGAGUCUCCGCUGUCUUCUGACUUUCUCGACAUUAUGCCGCGUUCCAUGUCCAGUCCAUCAAGCCCAGCGCCUGACAUGCUGUCCAUAGAACUGGCGCAGCGCCGCGGCCGCCAGCCGGCCAGAAAGACCAGGGAUUCACCACGUAAAUCCACCAUGGCCAUCAGGAAUCCCAACCUGAAGAUGAACAGCGUUAUUGCCCAAAGAGACGCCAUUCUAAUGCGUCAGAGUAUCCAACCUCAGCCUUUGAAGGUUCAGCCUGCUAAAAGCAGCAGGAUGAUAACCAUUACCAGACCGUCCAAGGAGAGGAGUAAGACUGAAGCAAUUCCCAAGAUGAAUGAGCUCAAGGAAACCCAUCAAAAGAAGCUGUUUUGGGCGACAGUGCAGGCGCUGAAGAACACCUCUCCGCAGCUGAUGGAAGACUCAACUUUCUUCAAGAAGUGCCGCACGUCGCUGAUGCGUCUGUGCCUGGUGCAGUGGCUGAAGCAACCGCCGCAGCCGCAGGGCCCCGAGCAAGCCAAAGGUACCAGCGACCGCAUGCUAGAGUUGGCCAUGCAGCUGGCACCGCAGGUCGUGGGCUCGCUCUCCGCCAGCUAGCACGCACGUGGAAAUGCACUUGUUUUGUUUGUUAGUUACAUGGGAAACUAUAUUUUUUUGUGGGGUGCCUAGUUAACGAAGAGUGUCCAGCUUGAUAGUGAUUGCAAAUCGCUCCAAAGUACGCGUGUAGAAUUUAUUUUCCUGCGAUCUUUCAUAUUACAAAUCGUGUGUAUAUCAUUCUAAAUAAAAGUGCUCGAAUUACAAUUUAAGAGUGAAACUUGAACAGAAA